AUGAAUGGCAUUGGAUGGACUAUCAUUCUCUUAUUACUUCUUAUCAUUGUUAGUUUAUUAUUGUUUAUUAUAUAUUCAAUACUAUUUCAAGCACGAUGGUUAAUGUGGAUAAUUAAUAAAAUUAAUCCAAAGGCAUUAUUUUAUUUCUCAAUUAAUACAAAAAUCAUUGUAUUAACAAUUGAUGACGCACCUUCAAACCAAACAGAAGAAUUUUUAGAUUUGUUUAAAAGAUAUGGAGUUCAUGUUACAUUUUUCAUCAUUGGUGAAAGAGUUAAAGGAAGAGAAGAAAAAAUGAAACGGAUAAUUGAAGAGGGUCAUGAAAUAGGAAAUCAUACAUACUACGAUGAACCAUCAUUCAAAAAUACAAAAGAAGAAUUUGAGGAUAAACUGAGAAGAACAGAUGAAGUUAUUAAACCAUAUGUAUUGAAUCAAAAAUAUAAAUGGUUUAGACCAGGAUCAGGUAUCCCUUCAUCUUUUAUGUAUGACUGUCUUGAAAAAUAUGGAUAUAAACUCGUUAUUGGAUCAUGUCAUGCCUUUGAUGCUCAAAUUAAAAAUUGUAGUUAUACCUCAUUUAUUCUUAAACAUGGAAUUUGUAAUGGGGAUAUUGUAAUUGUUCAUGACAGAGAAUAUACUUUACCUGAAGUUGAAAGGGAAAUAUGUAAUUUUAUGAGUGAUCUUCAAAACGAAGAAGUAAAACCAAUAAUUCCUAAAACAAUACCUUCACAGUCUUUUCCAACACUAGAAAGUCAUUUACAAAGUCCAGAUGAGUAUAUUCACUAA